AUGUCAAAAGCACGAAAUUCAAAAUGUGAUUUAAAAUUUUCAAUCAAAAGUUUAAUUAGUUCCGAGACCGACAAAGUAUUUCAUGUAGCAAAACAUAUACCAUCAAACAAUACUCUAAAACGAUUAGUGGAUGUACCAUUGUCGUCGAUUAUCACCACGACCACAGCUACAGCUUCAUCGGCUACGACAUUUCGAUUAAAUCAUGAACUUUAUCGAAGACGUGCAACACAACCACCACCGUUAGUUCCAUCACAACAACUACCAAUCAAUAAUAACACAUUUAUUGCAUCUUCCUUAUUUCCAUUUUUAAAUACAAUAACAAAUAGAAAUUCAACAAAACAUCCAUGUUGGCAAAUAAAUCCCACUUUACUAUCGAAUAUUCAUGAACAAUUAACAAUGUCACUGAAUCCAGAACGUUCACCCGCAAAUUUUAUUAACAAAAUUAAUCAAUAUUGGGAAUCAAUUCAUCAAUGUGAACCUCAAAUUAACUCUUCUGAAACAAAACGUAUUAGUCAACAAAACAUUUAUUCAACAACAAUCGCAACAACAGCAACCGGAUUAAACGGUCAAAUAUCACCAUGUACGACAACAACUAGUACAGAUUCUGUUGCGAAUAGAUCGAAUUCAGAGAAAUCAGAUGAUGUAAAAUAUGAGGAAGAGGACGAAGAGACAACGGAGGAAGAAGAUGAUAUGAGUGAUCGACCAAUUGAAAUUGAAAGUGAGGGAGAGGAAGAUGAGUCCAUGGAAAAAGAAUGUUUUGUUGAAAACAAUGAAGAAAAUGAUAAGUUAAAAACGUAUCCAUGUCCACAAUGUGAAAAGUCACAAUGUGUUUGUGGCAAAGGUUUUCGUCAAGCAUCUACAUUGUGUCGUCAUAAAAUAAUUCAUACGUCUGAAAAACCUCAUGCAUGUCGUAUUUGUGGAAAAGCAUUUAAUCGUUCAUCAACAUUGAAUACUCACAUGCGAAUACAUCAAAAUUUUAAACCAUGGGUAUGUGAACAUUGUGGCAAAGGUUUUCAUCAAAAAGGAAAUUAUAAAAAUCAUAAAUUGACUCAUUCAACAACAAAACAAUAUAAAUGUUCAAUUUGUCACAAAGCAUUUCAUCAAAUAUACAAUUUAAAAUUUCAUAUGUAUACUCACAGUGAUAUUAAACCGUAUACAUGUUUCAUGUGUACAAAAGGUUUUUGUAGAAAUUUUGAUUUAAAAAAACAUAUGAGAAAUGUUCAUGUUAAUGGAGGAGUGGGAUUUAGAGGACCAACAACAUUGGAUCAUUCGUUUCAUCAUCAUCAUUAUCAUCAUUUAUCAUCGACAACUUCGACAAAGACAUCACAACUAUCAUCGUCAAUUAGUGACAGUUUUCAUGAUGAAAGUCGUUCAUUGACCAAAUGA